AUGGGCGUAACCCGAUCGCCCGCCGCCGUGGAAUCUGCGACCGUUAACCGCGCAGAUGUGCUAAUGCCGCGUCGCGCCGCAUCGAGGCUUACUUACCGCGUCGCCCGUCACGUGAUCCCUCCAGUCGCAUUCGGCCAGACAGCGCUGCGCGGCGACGCAGAGACUAGACGCCAGAGCGGAGGAGGCGCGGGCCUGAGGCGGGCUAACAAUGAGAUGCACGCAGCGCUUUCACUAUUGGGCCCCUCGUCGCCGCGUUGCGUGACAUGUCGAACGUGUGAUCUAGAUUCGAGGUCUUGUGGUGGGGGCACGCGUGACGUCACCGGACGCGGCACGUGCCUCAUCCGGGGCCAUAAACGGAGCGCGAUUUUAAUGCGCUUAAAAGGAACGGCCUCAUUUGGAAAGGCGACGCGGUUUUUGUCGGGACCUAUGCAAACAGCGCGUCCGGCCGCGGCGAGCAAAGCGAGCCAAUGUCCACGCGACACUCUGUUUGGACAGGACGGGGCACGCGCGCAGCGCUCUUCACGCUCAGGCUCUGGCCUCGUCCGACGGACGCCUAUCCGGGCGCCCUCCCGCAGAGACGAUCAUGUGUCCAAAGGUGAAUAUAGGAACGAGUGUCGGCACAGAAACGGCUGUAUAGGCGGAUGCCACAUCGCCUGC